UGCAAAUGCAGCUGGGCAGAUGUCUUGAACAUCUGGAUGGAUGCUGUGGACCUCUCCUGCCUCCCUCGUCACAGAACCCUAGGUUUGGCAGCGAGUGUGGGAAACUGGGGAGGUCUCAGGCGGACACUGGGAAGCGAGCAGGGAACAUCAUGUCAGGCGUUCUCCGAGGGGCUUUCGGUGGUGGCGGCAGCGGUGGUCGCCUUCUCCGGACCGGGAAGCGGCUCCUCUUCAUGCAAAGAGCCAACAUUUACGGCAAACCUCCCAAAGAAAAAAUCGGCCCUUUGGCUUCUGUAUUCUGUUUGUCAGUUUUUGCAUUGACCCUUCUGGGACCAGCGGGCUGGAUUCUUCAUCAUCUGCCAGAAUGCCGCAAAAAACAUUAGGACACACAACAAAAGAUUGGGACGAACAACGAGUCUUUGUGAUCAGCGCACGGAUACAUUCAGAAACUGCAACUCCGCUUCGAAUCUUUAGCUAAAAAGCAUCUUUUAUUGGUUAUGUAUAAUAAAAUUGACCAAUGCCUCUGGGUCGUGAACCUUUAUCUCGUGUCCCCAUUGUGCCUUCAGAAUGUGGCGAAGGUCUUUUCUCUGCUCUAAGAUUUGCUUACUUUUGUUCCUCUGUCAAAUAAAGUUCCACUGAUGAGU